AUGCAGAUGAUUGUAGUGUUGACUGCAGCCGGUUUAUUGAUUCCAUUUUGGAUAAAAAAGGUUACACGAAUCGAAGAUGAAGUUAAGUCGAUCGCUCACGAUACGAAUCGAGAAUUAAUCUCCGGAAUUCGAAGAGCGUCUUCGUUACUUUCCCCUAUUAAUUCCCCGGCCAUCAACUUGGCACGAAUAUUAAGCUCGUCUUUGGACGUCGAUAAGCUUACGUUCUCAGUCAUCGAGUCAAAGGUGGCUUCCUCACUAUUUCAAUAUUUAUCAGCAGUUCCAUACAUGUCCCAGAUUUCCUAUAUCGGACUCGAUGGCUUGUUCUUCGCGUACUACUCCGAAACAGAUCGGUUAUACGCAUUGUACUCAAAUUCCACACAAAACGGUACCAAUAUCAACACUUGGUACGUUCAGCCGGCAAAUCGAGACACGGGAAAACUAUAUGGAGAAGCCACUAAGUCCCCUCUAUCACGUCUAGUUGACUCGAGCUGGUUUCAAGAAGCACUUAACAGGUCAAACGGAUACUCAUUGGCUGGUACUGGGUGGGGCUCGUCUCGGGUUACUAUGUUUGUUAGUAUUGUCGGUAUGCGUGGGAGAAAAGGAGCCAUUUCCAUAGGUUACCCAAUGAAAUUCCUCACCGAGUUCUUGGCGAACGAGAUAUCAUUGUACAACGGAAACUUGUAUUUGGCCACUGACAAUGGGAAUGUGUUGAGUGAGGGUAGUAUUCCGAACAUGCGUAUGAUCGUGUUAUCCAGCAAUCAAGUCUCGUUUCACUUAUUUGGCCAAGAUGAAGAAACGGUUAUUAGUGGGGUGGGAAAUAUCACUUGUCGAUCGGACAAUGACACGUCUGGAGAAGAAGAUUCUGUGUUGAGCAUUCGAGGCAAACGAUAUACUGUUCAUUGUUCGCCGGUCGAGAUUGCAGGACUAAGAUUGGUAUAUGCUCUGGUAGUGCCUCAAAACAGGUUCUUGAGCCUCGUUCACAGCAACAUCAGGCUUGCAUUCGUCCUGCUCAUGCUAAUGAUAGGUUUCAUGGUGAUAGUGAUGUGCGGCUUAUUGUACGUGACCUUUGAGGCCGCCAAACGUGAAAUGUACCUUUGUGGAGCCCUCAUAAACCAAAUGGAGGCAACCCAGCAGUCAGAGAGGAAGAGCAUGAACAAAAGUCUAGCAUUUGCAAGGGCAAGCCAUGACAUUCGGGCCUCUCUAGCUGGCAUAACCGGCUUGAUCGAAAUAUGCCGAGAUGAAAUCACCAAAAAGGACACUCCCCUGUCGGGAAUAUUCACGAAUUUGCGCCAAAUGGAAGCCUGCACAAGGGAUCUCUUAGGUAUAUUGAAUUCGAUUCUUGAUACGAGCAAGAUCGAGUCUGGAAAAAUGCAGCUGGAGGAGGAGGAGUUCGACGUGGAACAGCUUCUAGAAGACGUGGUGGAUUUGUUUCACCCAUUGGGCACGAAGAAGGGUGUAGACGUAAUUUUGGACCCGCACGAUGGGUCGGUAAUGAAAGCUCCUUGCGUGAAGGGCGACCGUGGCAAGCUCAAGCAGAUUUUGAGCAACUUGCUGAGCAAUGCACUGAAGUUCACAUCAGAAGGACACGUCGUUGUUCGGGCCUGGGCACAGAAGCCGGGGCUCGGGAAUGCAUCCGGCCAAAAUAAUACCAUGAGCUGCAGCCUUGUACUCUGUUGGCUGUUCGAGAUCGAAAAGUCGUACGAGUCGGAUACGAGCGCUUCUAUUCAGCGCGACUCGAAACGCGUGGAGUUUUUCUUUGAGGUGAUUGAUACUGGAAAAGGAAUUCCGAAAGAGAAGCAGAAAUCUAUUUUCGAGAACUACAUUCAAAUCAAGGAGACUGCUUUGGAGCAACAAGGCACUGGUCUAGGCCUGGGCAUUGUGCAAUCCCUGGUUCGUUUAAUGGGUGGAGAGAUAGGAAUUGUGGACAAAGAAAUCGGCGAAAAAGGGACUUGCUUCAGGUUCAAUGUGUUCUUCAGCACGUGUGAAGCGAGUAAUGCAAAAUCACUGGAUAUUGAGGCAAGUGACUGCAGCUACUUCUCAAGUGAAACCUUCCAGCACUACUCAGGCCACACGACCCGUUUUCUGAGUCCCAAAACCGAGGGCUCCCAGGUUCUGCUCUUCAUAAAAAGCACUGAAAGAUGCAAAGUCAUUAAAAGAUUCAUGCAGAGGCUCGGGAUCAAAGCUCACGUCAUCAGCCACCAGGAGCACCUCUCCCCGGCCCUCAAGAGAAUAAAACGGAAACUAAGCCUUUCGAGUCACAGCUCGUCUGGCAACUCAAGGGCCGAUUGGCCUGGUUCGCAUACUUCCAGCACAAGGUCCAAGGAAGUCCCCCUGAGCACUCUGGAGGGCGUGGAUGGCCCGAACGACAUAAAUCUCACUCAUGAGAGACCUGGCCUGCGGGCACGAUUUUCGAGCUUUGUUUUGGUCGUGAUCGAUUCACGUGCAGGCCCGUUUCGGGAGAUCAGCCGGGCUGUGGCCGAGUUCAGGAGGGACCUAAGUGGUAGCAGCUGUUGCAGUAGGGUCAUAUGGCUCGAUAGGCCCGGUUCGGAGAGUGGCUCGAGUCUCCAGGGGCUUGACGAGGACAAGCUGCCACCUUCAGAUUUAGUCAUAUCAAAACCGCUUCAUGGGUCCCGUCUGUACCGAGUUAUUGGCCUUCUGCCUGAAUUCGGAGGGGAGGAUUUUCCUCUCAGUAUCGGGAGAGUCGAGGGCAGCGCUUUCUGUGAAGCAAGUGAGAAAAGUUUUAUGUGCAGGGAAAGUAAAAUCGAGGAAGUUGGAGGGCCUGAUGGCAAAAGGCCUUUGACGGGGAAGAAAAUAUUGAUUGUGGAUGAUGAUUCUAUAGGACGGAAGGUAGCUACAUUUGUGGUUUCACAGCUUGGUGCACAUGUUGUUACGACUUGUGAAAAUGGAGAAGAAGCUUGGAGAUUAGUUCGGGAAAAGCUCGAGGAUGGAGCAAAGGAUGGUGGAGGGGAUUCUUAUGAUUCGGUUCCUUUUGACUGCAUAAUUAUGGAUUGUGAGAUGCCAAUGAUGAAUGGGGUUGAGGCAACUAGAAGAAUCAGGGAUGUGGAGGGAGUAUACAGUGUUCGUAUGCCGAUUAUGGCGUUAACUGCACACGAUAAGGGAGAGGAGAUAGAGAAGAUGGUUCAAGCUGGGGCAGAUGGUUAUUUAACAAAACCACUGAACAGAGACAAUUUUUUGAAAGCAAUGUUUGAGAUCAAGGGCAAAAGAUAA